AUGCAGGGGAUGACUAGAAUCGUCGCGCAAGAGAUUUGCAUCUCUAAAAGUCGUCUGCGCAAGUAUGAAAGCCGCGGGAAUCGGAUCAUCUAUAAGCACGCCUGGAACUGGUUGGAUCUGGCCCGUGUCAACCUUCCUGGUUAUGCGGACUAUGCGUCUACUAACCAGGAAUAUCUUUUCCUGUAUGAGAUUCCGGGAACCUUCAUUGUGAAAACGUUUAAGAUCUGA